AUGAGACUGAUCAGUGAAUUUUUCAAGCCUCAUGUCAAGAGCACAAUCCCGGCCAAACGACCGUCUCCCUCGACCGAAGAAGAGCCGCAGGAGGUAGCACACUCGCGCAGGGAUGGCUCGGACACGAACACUCAAAGGGCGGCAAAGAAGACUACCGAUGGAUAUACCACAAAGGCGCCUCCUUCCUCCGUGCCAACACCCAAGUCGGUGCGCUUGGGCUCGGGAACCCCAUUGUCCGUCCGUCGCCGCCGAGCUUCCUACUCAGAAGAUCCGAUAGCGCCUCCUUCGACGUACAAGAAAGCCCCCAUACUGGGUGCAGAUACCCAAGAGGAUGACACUUCUAGGAAUCAGGGCAAAUAUAUCUCCUUCAGCGAUCUGUCCAGUUCGUCGCGCGCCGUCGUCAGGGAUGGUGAAUUGAUCGAGAUCCUUGCCUCCGAUUCCGAUGAUGAGGGCUCACUGGGGUCACUCGGGGAUUUUUCGUGGAGGGACAGGGACUCGGGCUCUCAGAGUAUUCCAAAGUCGUCUGCCCCAAAGAAGGAGACCAAAGUCAAGGCCGAGCACUCGUGGAAGCCCUCUUUCUUUAUGGCGAACAAAAUGUUCGACACCCAGUACGACUUCGUGGGCAUAGACAGAAUAAAGGCUCUGAGUCAGCGGGCAAAGGAGCUCCGUUCCGACAUCAGCACAUUAACGGCCGAUCAUUUCAGCGAUGAAGAAAGGGAGAGAAAUGUCAAGAGAGCACGGGCAGACGUCGCCGCAGCAACCAAAGCAGCAGAGCCAGUCGGUAAGCCAGCACUCGACAAAACCCUUCUCGCCGCCGUUGUGACCGGUUCCGAGGAGGACGAUGGCCGUAAAGUCGCCAGAAUUAUGGGCGCCAUUAACCGCACGGAAGCUCUGGCAUCUGACUCAGUCUUCUUGUUCUUUGGAGUCAACGGGUUGAACGACUGGCAUGAUGAAGAUCCCGCUGAGCACCCCUUCCCCCCUGAUGCCAUUCCAGAUCAUCUAUGGCGGGACGGGGUGAACGAAUCCAGGCUACGAGCCUACUUAUCAGGCUAUGUGAGCGAUCUCGCGGCACGACGCUUGAUCUCCGACGAUGCAUUGAAUUGGACAUUUGGGAACAUCGUCCUUGAGCGACAAGACGAAGCACGACAAGCAUAUGUUCGAUGCUUGCAGAACGCGAGCUCGUCGUGGAUAAGGGCCAAUAUCCGCGCCCAAGACGUCCAGACCGUUUUCCAAACUCUAGGAGCUGAACCCACCAGUCUCCAGGAUUCCAUCGAGAUAAAGCCUCGACAUCAGCUGCUGAAGGAGCCUGCGCAGCGCAAUCCGAAAUAUCUGCUGGCCGUCCUGGAUCUCUUCCAGCACAUCUGUGCGAAUAUGGGUCUUCCGGCUCUGAGCAGUCUGGCUUCUAUAAUCUGUCGGCUGGCGAUCGAUGGCGAACUGACCAGUGAUGGGCGAGUUUCCUCGAGAAUUGACGCGAUCCUGGAAAGGCUGCUCUCCCUGCCCAACCCGGCAAUGUGUGCUCAUGUUGCAGAUCGAAUCCUGUCUGAUAUGGGGCAGCAUCUGAAAGAUGCCGUUCUGCAGGCACAAUUGCUCUCUCAUAUCCUACCUAGUUCGCUUACCGCAUCGCGGAUACGCAUCCGCCUGGCGCAAGCUUUUCUGUUUGGAGUCGACAACAGGAAAGGAAGUGCAUCCGGUACUCCCAAGAUCUCACUCCACACGCUGGCUGAGUACGUAUCAAAUUCUCCCGACUUCAACACCAGGCUCCAAACGAGUCGUAGCGUCGUGGACUACACUGCCCUCCGGGCUCGCACUCAUGUUCUCGACAUCGCCAUCUCAGAUGGUGGCCGACCCGCCGAAUUCCCCUCCCGCUCGGCUGAACAGGCUUUCAACAAAUCCGUCGACUGUCUCGCGGAUGCCAUCAAUGCCACAUUUGUCGCGAUCGGCGACGCGGGAGCCUCGCACAUGACCCGCACGGAGUGCAAGGGCGCCUUACAAGCACUGUACUGGCGGUUAUUAUACGGUGUCCGGACGGUGUCGAGACCAAGCCGGCGUCUCUUCAUGGAUGCUGGCAGGAUGAGAGAUGCCGAGGAAGUGGAAUUCGAGGAGAGAAGUAAGGAGUUUAUGAGCCGAUUUUUGGGGAAGAAGCUAGGGAAACUUCCGGAAAAGGGAGGUGAAGAGGAAGUAUGA